AUGGAGUGGUUUUCAAGACUCCUGAUGAUCUUUCAAAUUGCCUGCCUGACCAUCAACUUAGUAUACGGCAUGCACAAUCCAAUGAUGAGAAUCAAAUGCGAUUUGGGAGAGAUUUUAACUUGCAAGUUUUCAUUUCUUCAUAAGUGUUGGAUGUUCGAAUGCGUUUGUCUUCCGGAUCACAUCUAUCUAGGACUCGGAAAUGGUUGCCUGUAUAUCGAAUUCGCCUAA